AUGCCCUUCCAAUCACAAAAACACACACUAUCACCUUAUUGCGGGUUCAGCCAGGUUUUCUGGGAAGUUUGCCACGGUGCGGGAACCUUUCGGUUAACAGAGGUACUCACCGGGCAUGGCUGCUUCGCUGAGUAUCUGUGCUGGAUCGUGGGUACGGAGGUGUCGGCCGUGUGUCACCAUUGUGACAACUGCCCGCUGAAUACGACCCAACAUACCUUAGAGUUGUGUCCAGCUUGGGACGAAAAGCGCAGCGCUCUCAGAUCAGUCGUCGGAGAUCCGUCGCUGCCGGCCGUGGUCGCAUUCAUGGUAGGCAGCCAGAGGUCCUGGCGUGCGGCGGUCUACUUCUGCGAGGUGGUCAUCUCGCAGAAAGAGGGUGCCGAAAGGGAUCGGGAGAGGGAGGAUCCCUCCCGCGUCCAGAGAAGACUUAGGAGGCGCCGGGUGGACGACUGA